GAUAAUUUACAAGGACUUGCUCACUUUUGUGAACAUUUAUUAUUCAUGGGAACGGAAAAGUACCCAAAAGAAAAUGAAUCUCGUGAAUAUGUAUUAAAUCACGGUGGUUAUGCAAAUGUCUAUACAUGUUCUGACAACACUAAUUAUUAUUUUGAAGUUGGAACUGAAUUUUUGGAAGGCGCAUUAGAUCGUUUUUCUCAAUUCUUCAUAAAGCCGCUAUUUGAUUCAAGCUGUACUGACCGAGAAAUAUGUGCGGUUGAUUCCGAGAAUAAAAAGAAUUUACAAUCGGAUCAUAGAAGGAUUUAUCAAUUAGAAAGAUCGUUAUCAGAUCCAAAACAUCUUUAUUCAAAAUUUGGUACAGGAAAUUUAAAAACACUCAAAGAAGAUCCGAUUAAGCAAGGAUUAAAUAUCAGAGACGAGCUAUUAAAAUUUCAUGAUCAAUAUUAUUCUGCUAAUAUCAUGAAAUUAAUUGUGCUUGGUCAUCCUUUUACCGAAAGUGGACUGUCGAAACAAGUGUUUAUCAAAUCUGUGAAAGAUAUACGGAUGCUGAAAUUAUUAUUUCCUUUUCCAGAUCUAAAACAGCUGUUUCGUGUUAAUCCUGGGAAAUAUUUAUCGUAUUUGAUUGGGCAUGAAGGAGUUGGGUCAAUAUUAUCUUUAUUAAAAAGGAAAGGUUUGGCAAACAAUUUAAUUUCUGGAUUAAAUUAUGAAGGAGUCGGGUUUGCGAUUUUCGAAAUCUCGAUAGAACUUACUAAUUAUGAAGAAUGUGGUCGUGCACAUAUUUCAAUAUAUCGAAAUGUUGAGAAAAGUCGGAGUUCAAGAGUGAUUAAAGAACUUGAGGAUAUAUCAUUUAGAUUUGAAGAAAAAUCAUCACCAUCAAGAUAUUCAUCAACUUUAUCCAAUAUGAUGCAAAAUCCAUAUCCAAGAGAAUGGAUUUUGAGCGGACCUUAUCUGAUAAGAGAAUAUAAUCCACUUCUAAUUAGUGAAUUACUUGAUUUACUUCGUCCGGAUAAUUUUUUUUUAGAAUUAAUUAGUCAAUCUUUUACUGGAUUGGAUCAGAAAGAGAAAUGGUAUGGUACUGAAUAUAAAGCUUUGAUUAAUGUUUCAUUACAUCCUGAUUUGAAAAUGCCUUUAAUUAAUGAAUUUAUUCCGACAAAUUUUGAAACUCACAAGACUGAAUUUGCAACGCCUGCAAAUAAGCCAAACCUAAUUAAGAAUACACCACUUUGUCGACUUUGGCAUAAAAAAGAUGAUACAUUUUGGGUUCCAAAGGCAAGCGUAAAUAUUAAAUUAAAAAGCGCUGAAGUGGCAGGUGUAACCUAUUAUUUUAAUAGCGAUUCAGAAGGAUUGUUAUUAGUAAUUGAUGAACGACGUCAAAGGAGUUAUAAAAACUCUCUAUUAAUUGAACCAUAUCAACAGUCGAUGUAUUAUAUGAAAUAUUUAACGCAAGAUAAAGCGUGGAAAAAUGAGGAAAAAUUAGAAGCAUUACAGGAUAUUAAAUACGAAGAUAUAAAGACAUUUUAUUCUGAUUUGUUGAAUAAAUUGUAUAUUGAAUCAUUAAUUCAUGGUAAUAUAUUUAAAGAUGAUGCCAUUAAAAUCAUCGAAAGAGUUGAAGAGAUUCUUCAACCCAAAGUUCUUAUACCAUCACAACUAAUUGGUCAUAGAAAUGUUAUUAUUCCACAAGGGAAAAAAUUUAUUUAUCAAAGGAGUGUUGUUAAUUUAAAGGAAUAUAAUUCUGCUAUUAAUUAUUAUAUUCAAAUAGGUGAUUUAAUGGAUAAAGAAUUAAGAGCCAAAUCAAGUAUAUUAGCACAAAUUGCUAAUGAACUUUGUUUUGAUCAAUUAAGAACAAAGGAACAACUAGGAUAUAUAGUUGAAAGUAGUUUAAGAGAACAAGUAAGCUCUGUAGGAUUUAGAAUUCUUAUACAAAGUGAGAAAGAUACGAUUCAUUUGGAAAAUAGAAUUGAAGCUUUCUUGGGUAAAUUAUUGAACAUAAUCGAAGAGAUUUCCGAACAAGAAUAUCAAAAACAAGUCCAUUCAUUGAUUAGAGAUACAUUAGAGAAACCAGAAAAUUUAUUUGAAGAAACUGGUAGAUAUUGGGACCAUAUUAUUUCCGGAUAUUAUGAUUUCGAGCAAAUUGAGACGGAUGUAGAAGAAUUACGUAAAAUUACAAAACAAGACCUUUUAAAAUUUUACAAAAAAUUUAUUAUUCCAACUUCACCGUUUUACAAAAAACUUUCAGUGCAUCUAAGAACUUCACAGUCAGAUGGGUUCGUUAAAAGAUCAGUUGAUAUUAAUCAUCUAAACGCAUAUUUACUUUCACAAGGCCUUACUACAAUAACUAUAAACGAUUUACAAAAAUUUUUCGGUACUCAAGCAAAAUUAGAAUUAGAUAAAUGUGGAUUGGAAAAUUUGUCAGCAUUUUUAACCGGUCAAACCAAAGUUGAUAAAAAUGAAAUUGAAGGUUUAAUUAAUAAUAUGUAUUUAAAUGGUGUUAUCAGUACUUUAGAAAAGGUUAACGAAAGGAAAGAUGAGAAACAAAAUGGGGAAGGGGAAUUGGAAUUGGAAUUAAAGGAUGAAAAUGUAAUUAUUGAUGAUAUGGUAUUAUGGAAAAGUAAUGUUGAAUUGGGUCCUACCGCUACUCCAGUUAUACCACUUCAUAAUUCGAUUAGCAAAUUAUGA